GGUCAAUCCUUGGAUUCUAAUUAACAACCAUUUAUGUGAAUGUCGUAAAGAAAUAUAUUCAGAUAAGGAAAUUAUAUUUGUGUGUUAUUCGGGUGUUGGAGCUGUUGGAAUAUCCUUUGAACUUUUUUUAGGAUUGAAUUUUUUUUUUCCGUGCAAAUUAGAUAAAGGGCUUUGGACAUUUCAUUUUCUCUAUUUUAUGGAAACAGAUCAGGUCAGUAACCUUAUGGUAAGUAACCAUGAGUAACCCGUCCACAUCAGCAUGACAUCAACAUUUCUCUCUCUCCUUGAAAGCCUUUAAUUUUCCCCUCCUUAAUCUUUGACGGACGAUUUCUCACUCGUUUUAAGUCGAUUUUUUUUGCACAGUUAGAUCAGAUUAAUUGUGCUCUUCGAAAUGAUAUCCACUUUGAUAUAUUUUUGAAACAAAAAGAAUUGAGCCAUUUUUUAUCAGUCUAUACCAUAUGGUAUUGAUUGGUAUUGAAAUAAGAGCAUACCUAUGGUUUGAAAAGCGUACCAUGGUGGUAUGAACAAACCAAGACUGUAGGAUGGUUGAAUACAUGAUAGUAGAAGUAUAUUAACUGUCAUUUACAACUUUUAACAUUGUGUACCACAAGAUACCACCCCGUACUAGGGUGGUAUUUUAUGGUAUUGUAUAGUAUUUUUUGGUCCUGUAAUUAGUUCACUCAAAAAUUUGUAGAUCCAAUAGAUCAUGAUGAACUCAUUUCUUCUGUGCAAAAAUAUGGUAUGCAGUUGUACCGAGAGGCAAGAAAUUUUUUUCUCAAAAGAUAUUGAAAAUGGAUCUCGUUUUGUAGAGCACAACGAACUCGUUCCAUCUGUGCAAAAUAAUUGAAAUCCGAGUUAAAACGAAGAAGAUAUGAGCCGAUUAAGAAAACAAGGGAAAGUAAAAAUGACAUUUAAUUCUCCAUCCUUAGAUCUGGAUUUUCUGAAUGAAGAGUCCAUAUUUAUUAUUGAUGAGUGUUGCACCCUAUCUUUAGCCCUAUUUUAUCAUUAACCGACAAUUCUUUUAAACAUAAGUCCGCAACAAAGUGCGAAUAAUUGUCUAGUAAGCAUAUAUAUUCAAAGAGCCAUUCAAUUGACUAAUUAUCAUGCUCACCAAUUUAAUAACAUGAAAAUUUUUCAAAUUAAUCAUCCUUGCCCAAUUGAAUGACUCGCUACAGAGAUCAAUUAAACCCUUUACAUGCAAGGAAUCGCCAAUCUUACUAUUGCAAGCAGAUUAAUUGUAACAAAUGGGAUCAAAGGGUAAACAAGAUAUAGUUUGGGGACUAUUUUGUAAUUAGGAAGACAUAAAAGAAAGGGUCUGCUGUAAUGGAUAGUUAUCGAAUACAAUAAUCAGAAAUUACUUCUUUCUAUUGAUUGGUAUUGAAAUAAGAGCAUACCUAUGGUUUGAAAAGCGUACCAUGGUGGUAUGAACAAACCAAGACUGUAGGAUGGUUGAAUACAUGAUAGUAGAAGUAUAUUAACUGUCAUUUACAACUUUUAACAUUGUGUACCACAAGAUACCACCCCGUACUAGGGUGGUAUUUUAUGGUAUUGUAUGGUAUUUUUUGGUCCUGUAAUUAGUUCACUCAAAAAUUUGUAGAUCCAAUAGAUCAUGAUGAACUCAUUUCUUCUGUGCAAACGUUUUCAAAAACAAAUUAAAAACAAAGAAGAUACCAUAUGGUAUGCAGUUGUACCGAGAGGCAAGAAUUUUUUUUCUCAAAAGAUAUUGAAAAUGGAUCUCGUUUUGUAGAGCACAACGAACUUGUUCCAUCUGUGCAAAAUAAUUGAAAUCCGAGUUAAAACAAAGAAGAUAUGAGCCGAUUAAGAAAACAAGGGAAAGUAAAAAUGACAUUUAAUUCUCCAUCCUUAGAUCUGGAUUUUCUGAAUGAAGAGUCCAUAUUUAUUAUUGAUGAGUGUUGCACCCUAUCUUUAGCCCUAUUUUAUCAUUAACCGACAAUUCUUUUAAACAUAAGUCCGCAACAAAGUGCGAAUAAUUGUCUAGUAAGCAUAUAUAUUCAAAGAGCCAUUCAAUUGACUAAUUAUCAUGCUCACCAAUUUAAUAACAUGAAAAUUUUUCAAAUUAAUCAUCCUUGCCCAAUUGAAUGACUCGCUACAGAGAUCAAUUAAACCCUUUACAUGCAAGGAAUCGCCAAUCUUACUAUUGCAAGCAGAUUAAUUGUAACAAAUGGGAUCAAAGGGUAAACAAGAUAUAGUUUGGGGACUAUUUUGUAAUUAGGAAGACAUAAAAGAAAGGGUCUGCUGUAAUGGAUAGUUAUCGAAUACAAUAAUCAGAAAUUACUUCUUUCUAUUUCCCUUUCCUUCCUCUCCUUCUUCUUCCUCCUUUUCUUCCUCUUCUUCCUCGACUUUCUAUCCCUUCUUCUCUGUUCUUAUCCCUAUUUCCCAGCUCUUCUCUGUAAUUCGUCUUCUUUCCCAGGAAUUAACACUCGCCAAGACCAUUUCUUCUUUCCCAGGGGUUACAAGGUGGUAUCAGAGCCUUCUCUUGGCACUUUCCUCAAUCAUGGCGAACACGAGGGGAAUGAUCGACGACCGUCUCGCCGGCUUCAUGGCGUCGACGAUGCAGGUGCAAGGGGAUCUCAAUGAUAAGAUUGUCGUUGUUCGUGGCUUGGCCAAUUCUCACACAAAUCAGCUGCAGGAGCUUCUGGCUAGAGCUGAUGGCCAUUCUCAGCAGUUCGUCACCAUCACCAGUCGUUUGGAUAGCAUGGCGGCGCGUUUCGCGGCGCGUUUUACAGAAAUGGAAACUCGAUUGGAUACUCAUCUCGGGCAAUUCACUCACGAAAUUCGUGAUUUGCUGCAAGUCAAGCUUCCUAAUCGACCAUCGAGAGUUGUUGCCGACGCGGUCGUGCCGCUAGUGGACUGGAAUGGUACUCGGGGCAUCUUACCCUUGCCAACUCAGGGCUUCAGGGGCGUUGACCCUACCACAGCACUGGCACCUCGGGUUCAAGCUCCGAUUCCUCAGGUUGCAGAGCGAGAGCAAUCCCAGGCUCCGGCCCGAGGUAACAACCAUCAACUUCCCCGAUUAGAUUUCCCCUCUUUCAAUGGUGAAGCUCCCCGUGAAUGGACUAGAAAAUGCGAAACAUUGUUUGAGACCUAUGCAAUCCCUUAUGACCAGAAGGUAAAUGUGGUUGUGAUCUAUUUUGUGCGAAGGGCUAUUGUCUGGUUUGAAGGUUGGAAUUAUGGCAAACGUGAAUUAAUGUGGGAGGAUUUCGUGGUUGCUUUGUGCCAGAGAUUCGGUAGUCGUACUUAUGGGGGUGUGGUAGCUGCAUUCAAUAAACUUAGGCAGCAUGGCUCUUUGGCUGAGUAUCAAGAGAAGUUUGAGGAGUUGAGGUCCUUGAUGUCGCGAUUCAACCCGGCCUUGGAUGAGCUUUAUUUCAUUAUCAGCUUUAUCAAUGGAUUGGAGCAGGAGUUGCAGCUACUUGUGUCCAUGUUGCAGCCUCAAAUGUUAGUUCAAGCUUAACAUUAAGCUCAAUUGGAGGAAGAUGCCAUCGAAGCCUGCAAAAGGAAGUUUUACAACCCUGUACUAGAGUCAUCUGCUGCAAUGAAUCCAUUUCAAGGGCUUCUUUGCACAUCAAACGUUGGCAUGAAGGAGAUCAUUACAUCUGAAGCGGUGGGAGUCACAGCUAAGCUGACUUUAUACAGUGGAGUUAUUCCACAUUCAUUGGCUGGAUACUUGGCAUUGCUGGUCCGCAAGCAAGCUUACAAAUAUGCUUCUAGAUUUGGAAUUGCAUAUAAGGAAGUAGUAGCCAAUGAAACUCAUGUGCAACAAAACUUAAUUCAUGAUGAUACUGAUGUCCUACCUGUUGAUUCUCUUGCGUAUGAAAGUUCUUAUGGUGUUGUAUUCUCUAAUGGAUCGCGGAUGAAUUUCUUGUAUACUGGUGGCAAUGAUUUUGUUAUUGGAAGGCCAUUUCCUACCCAGCCAGCUCUUGUUUUCAUUCAUUACAAUGAGGGCUUGUUUCCUGGUAAAUGGGAUUGUAUUUUGAUGAAAUUUCAUGGGUACUGGUGGUCUCUGGUGAAAACUAAAAGAAGGGAUGUGUUUUCCAACUUCAAAGAGCCAUAUAAGGAUUUGGGUUCAAGGGUUGUUGUUGGAUUUGAUACUGAGUUGCUGCUGUUGAGGUUGAAACUGCUUUCCAGAAGGUGUGGACAGAAUGCAUGUGUUGGCAUUGUAGCUGAGGCGAUUUUUAGUGGUGAUUAUGAGCACUACAGUGUUGGUGCUAGUAAGAUGGAUAGGGGGUUUUUCGCCUAUGUGAACGAAGUUGGCCGCCUGGAUCAUAGCUGGGUGGUAGUCAGUAUUGGAGGGUUGGUUGAUCUUAAUUUGCAACAGGGUUGCAUGGUGUUUGAAGGCAGUAAUGAGACUGUGUUACAGUCCCAUGUUCUUGUAGAUUUUUGUGGUAGGGGACCAACUCUCGACUUUAAGGAGACCUACAAAGAUCAUUUUCUCGUGGAAGGCCAGCAUGAAGAGCUCUGUAAUUGGAAGUUUCACUGGGUUUGGGGGCUAAUAGUGACAAAGCUACUAAUGCUGCAAGUGGCUUAUUCCAUGCUACUUUCCUGGCUUCUCAUAAAGUUCAUGCCACUAUCACUACUUUCGUCUGCUGCUGUACAAUUGAGGGAAGAUGAUAUUUCCAACACCUUUAGCAUUUAUGGGCUAGAGAAACAUGGUAUUGGUCGUGGAAUUGGGUUGUUGAUGGCCCAAGGGAAAGUUCAGCAAGUUGUUUUCAUGAUCGGGCUUGAAGAUGCAGUUGACUGGCAGUAGGUUAAUGGUGAUCGAAUGAUAGGUGGUAGGUUCGAUAGUUGCUUGGUGUUGGUGGAAUCCCAAGGGAGAGGUGUUGGCUUUGACUUCGAAGAGUCAUACAAGGAGUUUGGGCGAGCUAUGGUCAUUUCUUAUGGAAUAGGUAAUUGUCCUGGAUUCAAGGAGGGUUGUGGUACUGGAUGUUGUCUUAAUUUCAAAGAACCAUACAAAGAUGGUGUUCUAGUGGGCAUCAAUGUUGGAAAGUUGUGGAAUGGGAAUAUGGCUUAUGAGGUAUACUAGUUGAAGUGUCACGUUUGUUGUGAUGUUGUUGAACCUUAUGGCAGAGUUUUGUACAGCUUGCAAGAGAGUAAAGAUAAUCAAGCAUU